UGUCUUUCCUGGGCCCCCAGGACCCUUUCCACUUCCAGGACUCGUCCAGCAAGAGGCUGCAUUCCAGGAUGGAGGCAUCUUGCUUGGAAUUAGCCCUGGAAGGAGAGCGUUCGUGCAAAGCCGGAGACUUCACCGCUGGAGUUUCUUUCUUCGAAGCCGCCGUACAGGUGGGGACGGAAGAUCUGAAGACGCUGAGUGCCAUCUAUAGCCAACUGGGCAAUGCCUACUUCUACUUGAAAGAGUAUUCCAAAGCUCUGGAAUACCACAAGCAUGAUCUCACUUUAGCCAGAACCAUCGGGGACCGCAUCGGAGAAGCCAAAGCCAGCGGUAAUCUCGGCAACACGCUGAAAAUCCUUGGCCAGUUUGACGAAGCCGUUGUCUGUUGCCAGAGGCACUUGGACAUUUCACAGGAGCAAGGAGACAAGGUAGGGGAGGCGAGGGCACUGUACAACAUCGGCAAUGUUUAUCAUGCAAAAGGCAAGCAGCUGUCUUGGAGUUUACCACAGGAGCGAGGGCAGCUGCCUCCGGAGGUUCGGGAGACAUUGGAAAAAGCAUCGGAAUUUUAUGAGAGAAAUCUGUCCCUCGUCAAGGAGCUGGGAGACCGGGCUGCCCAGGGCCGGGCGUACGGGAACCUGGGCAACACCCACUAUUUGCUGGGCAACUUCAGCAAAGCCAUCGUCUUCCAUAAGCAGCGACUCGCCAUUGCCAAGGAGUUUGGGGACAAGUCCGCCGAGAGGAGAGCGCACAGCAAUUUAGGCAACGCCCACAUCUUCCUCGGGAGGUUCGACAUCUCCGCGGAGUACUACAAGAAAACGCUACAUCUCUCCAGGCAGCUGAAAGACCAAGCCGUAGAAGCCCAGUCCUGCUACAGCCUCGGAAACACGUACACCCUCCUCCAGGACUAUGAGAAAGCCAUUGAGUACCACCUCAAGCACCUAGCCAUCGCCCAGGAGCUGGGCGAUAGAGUGGGAGAAGGAAGAGCCAGCUGGAGUUUGGAGAACGCCUACAUCUCCCUCGGGAACCAUGAACAAGCCCUGCACUUUGCGGAGAAACACCUUGAAAUCUCCCAAGAGAUUGGAGACCACGGUGGGGAGAUCACGGCACGUACGAACAUCUCACAGCUGAGGGCGGUCUUGGGUCUGAAGCAGAGGUGCGAUGACUUGGAUGCCUCUGGCUAUGAAGUCCAGGGGGCCCGGCCGAAACGGAUCCAGAGGAACAGCAUGAACAACCUUGAUCUCCUGAGGUUCCCUUCUGAAAAGGACCAGAAUGGAGCGAACCUUCACACGGGAGACCUCAAGAUCACCGGGAGAGAUUUCUUGUCGCUGCCUGUGAGGUCCCAUAAAUACAGGGAAAACCAAUCCGUUUUGGAAGGGAAAGCUCCAGAGACCAGCGAAUCCCCGCUAGAAACCAGCGACGUCCGCCUCCAGGUGUCUCAGCUGAAAAUCAAGCGAGCCCCUUCAGACGAAGAGUGUUUUUUUGACCUACUGAGCAAAUUCCAGAGCAACCGAAUGGACGACCAGCGCUGUACUUUGGAGGAGACCCAAAAGGAGUCCGAGGAUGCUGCUGCCACGCCUGUGCCUGCCUUGGAGGAGAGACUCUCUCAGUCCUCGUCCAUGGCCUCCCCCCAGACCGAAGAGCUCUUCGACCUCAUUGCCAGUUCUCAGAGCCGGCGGCUGGACGACCAGCGGGCCAGUGUGGGCAACCUGCCCGGCCUCCGCAUCACCCACAACAACUUGGGCCACCUGCGCAUGGAGGGCGACGCUCAGGAGCCGGGCGACGAGUUCUUCAACAUGCUCAUGAAAUGCCAGUCAUCCCGAAUCGAUGACCAGCGUUGCGCUCCGCCCAACUCCGUCCCCCGGGGCCCCACCGUGCCAGACGAGGACUUCUUCAGCCUCAUCCAGCGUGUCCAAGCCAAGCGCAUGGAUGAGCAGAGGGUGGACCUGGCCUCAGCACAGGAGGAGGGGGAAGAGGAGGAGGAGGAAGAGGAAGAGCACGUUGAGGAACAGCCGCCGGAUCAGCAACAGAGACCUAGCUCCAGCUAAGACAUCAGCGCAGGGGACGGGGCGGGGCUCAGAGCGUCACCCAACCAAGAACCGAACCGCGAUGCUCUAAGCGUUCCCAGGAGCGCCUCCUCCCUUCUGCGCCCCUUCACCUUGGAGAAAACUGGGGAGGGGGAGCAGCCUGCGCCCUGCCUCUUGUCCCUCCUUUGGCCGUAGCUUGGAGGUGCCUCCGUGACAACAGGGCUGAGACGCGGGCCUUCACGAGCAGACUGGCGUUCUCAUCCCCACGUACGAACUGCCAAGAUCAAACAAAAGGAAGACGUUGGAAGAGAUGCCCGUUGCCGGGACGGCCACUAGGCAUUCUGGGAAGCGGUUGCGGGCGUCUGUCGGCCCACGGCGGCGGAUCCUGCGUGA